UUCCCCGUCCUCCUCCUCCUCCGCCCCACCUCGCGUGGCACGCCCAUGGCGUUCUCCCCGCGCUCGCCGUGGUCGCGCCCCAGGAAGCCGGACGUGUACUCCACUGUCGUCGUCCACGGGGACGACGAGGACGACGACGCGCGCGGAAGGCAUGCGCUUGCCGAGGAUGACGACGACGAGGACCCGUCGUCGCUGCCCCCGCUCCUCCAGCGCCUCCCCAAGGACUUCGGCGGCGCCUCCUUCGACGAGGACGACGACCCGUACUUGUCGGACCUGGACGACGCCUCGCUCUCCGCGACCGUCGUCGUCAAGCGCGGGGCCCCGGCCUCCACCUCGGGCUCCUCCCGAUCCCCGUUCCUGGAUCUGCGCCGCUCUAGUCCCCGGGCCCCCGAGGACGACCCAUACUCUACCUUCGUGGUACAUGGCACCGCCCGCUCCGGCGGCACCUCCAGCCCGCGGGAAUCCGCCUCCGGCACAUUCAUCCGCCGGUCGGGUGGUUCCUCCAGCCCCCGCGAGUCCGUGUCCGGCACAUUCAUCCGCCGCACCGGCAGCCCCUCUAGCCCCCACGAGUCGUUCUCCGGUACAUUCAUUCACCACACCAGCGGCGCCUCUAGUCCUCGCGAGGCUGCCCAGGGUGGCGGAGGGUUUGGUUCCUCGUUCUGGAGUCCUGCAGUGGGGCAGGCCGAGGAGCACCGGCAACCUUCGCUUCUUCUGCAGCAGCAGCACCAACAACAGCAGCAUUCAAGGCGCAGAGCAUCAGUGAGCUCUGUGCCGGAGAGUGUUACGAGGGAGGAUCCUUCCACUAAGUAUGAGCUGCUCCAUGAGCUUGGUAAAGGUUCCUAUGGUGCAGUGUACAAAGCUAGGGAUCUCAGAACACAGGAGCUUGUGGCUAUAAAGAUCAUUUCCUUAACAGAAGGGGAAGAAGGAUACGAAGACAUACGGGGAGAAAUUGAGAUGCUGCAGCAAUGCAGCCAUCCUAAUGUCGUCCGCUACUUUGGGAGCUAUCAAGGAGAAGAAUACCUUUGGAUAGUUAUGGAGUACUGUGGUGGUGGAAGUGUUGCCGAUUUGAUAAGCAUUACGGAGGAGCCCCUUGACGAAUCCCAAAUAGCUUAUAUAUGUAGAGAAGCACUAAAGGGUCUUGCUUACUUGCAUUCAAUUUUUAAAGUUCAUAGAGAUAUUAAGGGUGGCAAUAUUCUGCUAACUGAGCAAGGAGAGGUAAAGUUGGGCGAUUUUGGGGUAGCUGCCCAGCUGACAAGAACCAUGUCAAAGCGCAACACGUUCAUUGGCACUCCACAUUGGAUGGCACCCGAGGUUAUUCAAGAGAGUCGUUAUGAUGGAAAGGUAGAUGUGUGGGCAUUAGGUGUAUCUGCAAUUGAAAUGGCAGAGGGUAUGCCACCGAGAUCCACUGUGCAUCCAAUGAGAGUGAUCUUUAUGAUAUCUAGUGAACCUGCACCAAUGCUUGAGGAUAAGGAGAUGUGGUCCCUUCUUUUCCAUGAUUUUAUUGCCAAGUGCUUAACAAAAGAUCCAAGACUUCGGCCAGCUGCAAGUGAGAUGCUGAAGCACAAAUUUAUUGAAAAAUGCAACCCUGGAGCUUCGAAAAUGUUGGCAAAAAUCAAGGAAGCAAAGAAGAUUAGAGCAAAAGUUGCUGCGGAGACUGAGCUAUCUGGCCCUGAUAGUACAAUGCAAGAUGCAACCGUUCGAAUUAAUGAAGACUUUGGAGAAACUGUUCCUACAAACUCUCAACAACAAACAAAUCAUGAAACAUAUGAUGGUGGGGCAGGUGAUUUUAAUACAAUGGUAAUUCAUCCUGAAGACGGUGAUGAAGUUGAUGAAUCACCCAUUUUCCCAAGUUCAGAAUUCAUACCAGGCCUUGGUAGCAUCAACUCUUUCACACAUGAUCCAAAGAGGGCUGAGCUUCUUUCAAAUUUUUGGGCGGAGAACACGGCCGAUAUUGAAGCCAAUAAAGAGCAAUAUGUAGAUGAACAUCCUGAUAUGCAAGAAGCAAAAGCAAUGCCACCUUCAACUGGAACGGUUAAAAAGCUUAAAGUUGCAGAAGGGACUAUGUCACGCCAUGGCAAUCAAGUUAGCUCUGCCUCACCAGGUGUUGCUAGCACAACUAAAUUAAACAGCAGCCCCAGCCGUAAAGCGUUUUCGGUUCAGGAUAAGCUCUGGUCAAUUUAUGCUGCAGGCAACACUGUGCCUAUACCAUUUCUCAAGGCAAUUGACAUUUCACCACUAGCUCUAGUAUCAGAUAGCGUAGUAGGAAAUGGCCUGGUUGGGUCAAAUACAAAUAGAACAGAUGCAUUGGAGGCAGUUAGGGAGCUUUUCAGUGGUGAUGGGCAGACAAAGAAAGGGCGCAAAGGGCAAAAUGAGGUCCCUCUUCCUCCUGGGGUGCACAACAGAUUGACCACAAGCCCCACACUGAUGAACCUGGCCCAAGCUCUUGCUUACCACAAGACGUGUUAUGAGGACAUGCCUCUGCAAGAUUCGCAAGCAACGCAAGAGCAGCAGACAAUACAGAACCUUUGUGAUACACUUCGAACCAUACUGAGGUUGAUGCUGGUGAUCUUGAAGUUGGAUGGAGGGAAAGCAUUCUGUUUUGGAGAUGGAAAUUUUUGUCUGAUGUCAAUAGCAGCGCCGCCGGCGGCGGCGGAGGCCAUGGGGAAGAACAUGCGUAUCAAGACGGCCAGCCGCGCCCCGCUCCUCGACCACGGGGAGACGUCGAGGGCGCUCUCCGAUCUCGAGGAGGGCAGCAACGUCCAGCCAGCGAACGUCGGGUUCUGCCGGGUCAUCAAGUUGGCAAGGCAUGACGCGGGGAAGCUGGUUCUUGCCACCAUGGCGCUGCUCGUCGCCUCGCUCAGUAACAUUCUCGUUCCCAAAUAUGGUGGCAAGAUAAUUGACAUUGUGUCAAGAGAUGUUCAGCGUCCAGAAGAUAAGGCUCAAGCCCUAGAUGAUGUGACGGGCACAAUAUUGUAUAUUGUCAUCAUAGUUGUAAUUGGUUCAGUUUGCACAGCUCUUCGGGCAUGGUUAUUCAAUUCUGCUAGUGAGAGAGUAGUUGCUCGAUUGAGGAAGGACUUGUUUAGUCAUCUAGUAAAUCAGGAAAUAGCGUUUUUUGAUGUCACUAGAACAGGAGAGCUAUUAAGCAGGCUUUCUGAAGAUACACAAAUAAUAAAGAAUGCUGCUACAACUAACCUUUCAGAAGCAUUACGCAAUAUUACUACUACAGCUAUUGGUCUUGGUUUUAUGUUUGCAACUUCAUGGAAAUUAACAUUGCUGGCACUUGUAAUUGUUCCGGUUAUAUCAAUUGCUGUGCGCAAAUUUGGACGCUUUCUUCGUGAACUUUCACAUCAGACACAGGCUGCAGCUGCUCUAGCUUCAUCCAUAGCCGAGGAAUCUUUUGGCGCCAUUCGCACAGUAAGAUCAUUUGCUCAAGAAAGUCAUGAAAUAUCACGCUAUGGUGAGAAAGUAGAUGAGACACUGAAACUUGGUCUCAAGCAAGCUAAAGUUGUUGGCAUGUUUUCUGGAGGGCUCAAUGCAGCAUCAACCCUAUCAGUGGUCAUUGUUGUUAUUUAUGGCGCUAACUUAACCAUCAAUGGUUACAUGACAACUGGUUCUCUCACAUCAUUCAUCUUGUACAGCCUUACAGUUGGGUCUUCAGUCUCUUCCCUGUCAGGACUAUACACAACUGUAAUGAAAGCAUCCGGUGCAAGCCGUCGAGUUUUUCAACUUCUGGACCGUGCUUCAUCAAUGGCAAACCCUGGAGAUAAAUGCCCAACAAAUGAAAAUGAUGGGGAGGUUGAGCUUGAUGAUGUUUGGUUUGCAUAUCCUUCUCGGCCUUCUCACAUGAUUCUUAAGGGAAUAACGUUGAAGUUAGCACCAGGUUCAAAGGUAGCUCUUGUUGGGCCAAGUGGUGGGGGAAAAACUACGAUAGCAAAUUUAAUUGAACGGUUUUAUGACCCUCUAAAAGGAAGGAUCUUGUUAAAUGGAGUGCCAUUGCCAGAGAUUUCACAUCAAUUUCUCCACAGGAAGGUAAGCAUUGUUAGUCAGGAGCCUGUGCUCUUUAAUUGCUCCAUCGAAGAGAAUAUUGCUUAUGGAUUGGAGGGCAAAGCCAGCUCUGCUGACGUUGAGAAUGCAGCUAAAAUGGCGAACGCCCACAGCUUCAUAUGCAGUUUUCCGGAUCAAUACAAGACUGUUGUUGGAGAGCGAGGCAUCAGGUUAUCUGGUGGGCAGAAGCAGAGAGUCGCCAUCGCAAGAGCUUUGCUCAUGAACCCUCGAGUGCUCCUCUUGGAUGAAGCUACCAGUGCGCUGGACGCCGAAAGCGAGUAUCUUGUUCAGGAUGCAAUGGACUCUCUGAUGAAAGGAAGGACCGUGCUAGUGAUAGCUCACCGGCUCUCCACCGUCAAGAGCGCCGACACCGUCGCCGUCAUUUCCGACGGACAGAUAGUGGAGAGCGGCACGCACGACGAGCUCCUCAGCCGCGACGGCAUCUACACGGCCUUGGUGAAGAGGCAGCUGCAGGGGCCAAGGUUCGAAGGAACCAAUAGCGCAACAGCCGAGAUACAGCCCAUUAGCAAUGGGCAAUAAUAGCUUUCUUGCAUACUUGGCGGACACCACUGUAUGUAACUCUGAUACGCUGCAUUCCACUCUGAAGACGCCACGCACAACGCAUUCUAAUUGUCACGAGCUGCUACUGUCCUAAACAUGACUCUCACCACUUUAGUUUUGUUUAUAGAAUGUGCUUAUGCCGUUA